AUGGAGUUAAAAUGUUUGCCCCGAAUAGUGACACUUUUAUUAGCAAUAGGUUUUACUAAUGCAUCACAUUUAAAUAGAGUUAAAAGGCAGAAUAAUCCAGCGGGUAUUUUUACUGUCGGCAACGGGGAGCAGUGCCUGGGUCAAGAUAGAUCUACAGGAGGCGUGUGCUUGUCUAGAAACCAAUGUAACACCCAGGGUGGUAAAGCCAUAGGAUUCUGUGGAGUCUUCGCUACUUGUUGUUCAUUAAACGCGUGUGAUAUCAGAACGAACACCAAAGUCGCGGUGUUCAUUAACCCCCCGCUGGAGAGGGAGAACUCGGGCUUGGAAUGCUCCUACAACGUGGAGAUAAACAACAACAACGUGUGCCAAAUGAGAAUCGACUUUGAGAACUUUAAUCUGGCACCGCCGACAACGGUGGAUCCGGUGGAGAACGUGACGCAGCGGCCGGGCUACACCUGCCGCAACGACAUCUUCCAAGUCACCAACCUGCAGGCAUACUCCGACACCCUGCCCUCGCUGUGCGGCGACAACAGCGGACAGCAUAUGUACGUCCGCGUGAACGCAUCAACCAACAGUCGGUCCAUCCGCAUCAACUUCAAGAUCGCUGACCGCAACUCGCAGCCCAACCUGCCGCAGGCCACCUGGAAGAUCAAGGUCACGCAGCUCGAGUGCUUCAACACCCUGGGUAAAUAUCGUGACGGCAUCCUGGACGCUCUAACGUCGGCGCUGCCAUCCACCCCGCUGUCCUCCACCGCUGACCGCGAUGAGUAUCUUAUUGCUCCCCCCGGCUGCCUACAAUACUACCCCGAUCGCAGCGGUUAUUUCGAGUCGUUUAACUACAACCGCGGCGUAGGACCCUACAUCGCCAACUUGGUCUACGCCACCUGCUUCAGAAGAACAUCCGAUGUCUGCGGCAUGAAGUUCACCGCGUCAACAUUCGAAAUGGCGUACCGGGAUGAGUCCAACCUGUACCUGGACACGGAUUGCGAGAUGAACCCCGUAACCCAGGGAUCGGCGCAGUCGGGAGACCACCUGUCGAUACCCGAGGCCGUAUCUGCCGAGGGCUUGAGAGGCACCAAGUUCUGCGGAACCAGCGCCGCCGAUCAGAUCAUAGCUUCCACCCCCGCUGGACCUCUCGCAGUGGUCUUCCGCUCUGACAACCUCGUCACAGACGGCGUCCCCGAGAGCGGAUACCGCUUCACCUACAACGUCCUCAAUAAUUGCCACUUAACUUACUAGGCCAAUUAGUACUUAGAUGUAAUUUAUAAUGGAAGGAAGAAGAAUUCUUUUCUGAUGCUCCGUAGUGUACAAAUACUUCUAUUUUGUAUAUGCGUUUAGUCUAUUUAUUACAUGUUUUGCAACUUAUAAUAAUUAUGGACUGACUUU